GCACAUGAAAAACACUGAAGCAGCAAAACGCGGUAAAUUCGUACGUUGCGUAUUAAAUGGAAGUGUUAAGAUGUCACGUCAACAGCUAGAGGAAUUGAAGCUGCGACGGGCGAUGUUGGAGUCUUACCAGACAGGCAGACUUACGCCGAUUUUGAAGGAAGAGCUGAAGUACCACAUUCAGUCAAGAAGACUCUCAGAGGGCAAGACUGAACUUGUUCUGGGGGUAGAACGAGGACAAAAUAUGGAAUCUCCGCAAUUAAGUCCAGAUGAAGUAGCAAGAAGAAACAUGAGGAAAGAACAGAAUAGAACAGCAUCAAGGAAAUUUCGUAAAAGGAAAAGGUCCGAAAUCGAGGGUUUGGUUCAGUUACGUACUGAGCUGGAGGCGAAGAACGCGGAGCUCAAGAAAUCUGUGGAGAGGUUGCAGGCUGAGAAGGACGCCGUGUGGGACGAAGUAACUUCCGUCCUACAACACGUGACCAAAGACGCGGACUGAGGCCCAGAGCAUGCAGGCGAACAGACGGGAUAGUGUAAUAGAAGGGAGAAUGGGCCCCUCUUAAAACUACAGUGAACGUUUGGAAACUAGUUUUCUAAUUAAAGAAAGCAAAACACUGGUAGUUUGAAGAGGCUUUAAUGAAAGUUUUCUAUACGUAAGUUGUGUAUAUAAAUUAAUACGAACAGUAAAUAUCCAAUGCCUGGAAGUGGAUACGCAGUGACACUAUUUACGGUGACACUAUGUGCGGUAGAGAACAAUGUGUCAACAUACAUGUUUGGACAAUGUCAACUAACACUCUUACUUCACACAUGUUACAAUGUUUCUUUUGACCAGAAAUAUAAUUGUGUAUCUCAUGUUUUCAUUCCUAACACUGUCCACAUUUAGGAAGAAGUUGAACGUUGGAGUGCAUGCCGUGUUCAAACAAAUUUCCCUUUUAAAAUUUAAAAGUAAUGAAGAUACAAAAUGUACUUACAUUUGUAGUUUGUGCAUCUAGCGACAAAAGCUAUUGGUUGAUAUCUUUACCUUUUCGCGUGAUUUGGAUUGUGCCCCGUGUCACUGUCUAUCUGAUUAUCAAUGGGUCGUUUGCUCAAGUAUUCCGUUUGCUCAUGCAGUCUUAUCACAUGAAGACAGCUGAUUAUUAUAUUAUUUUAUGACCUUUUUAAAACUGCUGUUGACAAAUCGCUCCCUUCAUGCAUUGUGUCAUUGUUUUCUUAAUUGCAACGUUUUUUUUCUCCAAAAUGUUUGCUUCAAAUAAUUGUAUCAUUUGCCAAUAAAUUUAUCUUUCCA